UGGCUACAAAACCACACCCACUCUUUCCAAUUGUUUACCACGAUUACACACCACAUAUUCUUCAAGAUGGUGGAUUGGAUCUCCCUCGCGGUGCCGUUUGCCUACUUGGGCGUUCUACUUGGCUCUCUCGCGACAUUCUCCUCUCUCUACCGCAAGCGCAAAGCCACCAAGGCAUUCUCCCUGGAGCCAUGGUUCCCCGCCCACGUGCAACGCGACAUCUAUUUUAACCUGCUCCACCUCGACCCCCCGAAGGACAGCAGCAAGGAGAAGAAGGGCCCCGCGGUGCCGGAGUCGGUACUGAAGGCGGCGUUGCUGCGCCGCGCGAUUGAGGACAUCAAGCGCGUCAUGCAAUUGAGGUCGCAGAAGCAGGCUCUGGCCAUGCUGUUGCAGCGCGGCAGUGUGGGGGAUGAUCUCUGGCAACGGUUCACACGCGCGGAAAAGGAGAUGGAGGAGGAGGUGCGGGAUGUUGUUGCUGAGGCGAAUGCGUACGUUCCCGGCUGGGGUCAGACGAUCUUUCAGUCGGCCAACGAGAUGCUGAAUAAUGAUCUCUACCGGGAACGCAUGGAGAAGGAGCAGGCUAAGCUUGAGGAGGAGCGCAAGUGGUGGGAGAAGAAGAGGGCGAACACUCAGGAGGAGUUUAUGAAAGAGCUGGAUGCCGAGGCGGCGAAUGCGACACCUUCGAGGAAACAAUCCGAGUCCUCUGCCCCCGCCGCUCCCGCUGCUGCUACCCCCACGACCCCGACUGCUACGAGUGGUGCCGCCACGCCGAAUUCUUCCACGCCCGCGAUCAAGACCCCCGAAUCGUCCUCCGGCGCGCCGCCUUCCGUGGCGGGAAGCAGUGAUGAUGAUGGGGUGUUGGUCGAGGCGGAUGAGCAAGGAAAGAAGUAGACGAGGUUCAAUGUGUCUGUAUGGGAUUGGGCAGCUUUCAGUGUGAUCUUUUCGACUAUUUUUUUCUCCCGGUGUGGUGUUAUCAAAUGCUGUUCUUGAACAAGGUUAUGUCCCGAUUUCACUUCUGCUCGAAGUCCGUUGGUAGCGCUGUAUUUCCCAUUGAGUGGGAAGAAAAGAUUUCUUUGUUACAACAUGAUACACCAGCCUCAAGAGAGGAAAUGUUCAUCCGUUUUACAUCAUACUAUA